AUGCCGUCAAAUAUACCUGAACUUUAUCAAUUCAACAUUAAACGUCUGGUAAUAUUUAUAGUUUUAGCUUUAAUUCUUGUUGGUUCGUGGUGUUUAUGUGGUUCACAAUGUUGUACCUUUAAACAUGAUCAUUCUCUUCAAACAUCUAUUUGGAAUCGUAUUGAUUUAAUUGCUUUUCGAUUUUUUAAUCAAUGGUUAUUGACACAGGAGAAUCAUACAUUAAUUGCAAGAAUAUUUGUUACAAUUAAUUCAAUUGUUAUUGGAGAACUUAUUGUCAAUUCAAUUCUUCUUGCAGUCACAUAUUUUAUAUUCUCAUCGAAAUAUGUACUUCAAAAUCGAACACGUGCAUUUAAAUUAUCUGUUCUAUUAGCUAUAAUUAUUUAUGGUAUGGCUGGACAAAUGUUAUUAUCAAAAUUAUCAAGAGAUUAUUUAUGUCCAAAACGACCAUCACCAUCUGUCGUAUUUCGUUUCUCAACAGUUAGUCUUGAAAAUCAAGCUAUAUCAUCAUCAUCAAAUACAUUUACUAUGGAUAGAUUAUUUGAAGAAGCAAAAAAACGUGAUCUUGUUAAAGAAAUUGCUCAUGAUAGUUGGCCAGGUGAACAUGCUGCAACUAAUCUUAUUUGGUCUUUAUUCAUGUCAACGAUCAUUAGUCGAUCAUCAAAAUCAUUAUCACAAGUCAAAUGUUUUUUUAUGCAUACAAUUGUAUGGUUUUUUGCUAUUUUAUUUUCAAUAGCACGUUUAGUUAGUGGUGCACAUUGGUUGUCAGAUUGUCUUGCUGGUGGAUUUAGCGAAGCAUUAAUCGUUGUAGCUAUUGGUAUUUAUACACCAGUAUUUCAAAUUAUUACAAAAGUCAUUCAUAAACUAAUCAAUAGAUCUGAUUCGGAUGGAAAGAAACUUCCUUAA